CGCGGUCACGUGAUGUUUGGGUGCUGCCCGCACGGCGCAGCCGCCCCGCGACCCGCGCACUCGGGCAGGUUGUAGAAGAAUCUCGUCUAACGGGGAGGAGAGGACGUGAGCAAUUGGUAAAUCACCUCUACAGGCCCUUUUAGCUUUAACAGAUAAUCCUGCCUUUGCCACUGCCUAGAAAAUGUCUUAUGGAUCCAUCGAUGGAAGUGGAUUCGGAAGCAGGAACCCCUUUGGAGGCCCGUCGAGACAAGGCUAUCAACCCUUAGCUACCCAGAUUGAUCCCAACGAACUGCAGGAAUUGUUUCAGGAAACUUCAGCCAACGUCUUCCGAAUUAACUCCAAUGUGACUUCCUUGGAAAGAAGCCUUAGAUCCCUGGGGACCUCAAACGAUACACAAGAGCUGCGAGAUGGACUGCAUGAGACUCAGCAGGAGACCAAUAAAACCAUCACUACCAGCACCAAAGCUAUCAAGCAGCUGUCUGAGGUUGUCAGAGGCUCAUCCAGGCAAGAGCGGCUUCAGCUGGACAGGUUGAAGAACCAGCUGUCAGAUGCCAUCCAACGAUACGGAGCUGUACAAAAGAAAAUAGCAGAGAAGUCCAAAUCUUUGCUUCCCACGGGGCAGAGAAGCAGUAAACAGCAGAGUCCCCGCACUCCUUUCUCUGACUUGGCUGAUGAUGAGAAGAUCUUCAAUGGAGGGGAUAGCAUGUGGCAGAGCCAAGAUCAAGAUCAAGCCCUGCUCUCAGAAAUCACUGAAGAAGACUUGGAGGCCAUGCGUCUACGGGAGGAAGCCAUCCAGCAGAUUGAGAGUGACAUGUUGGAUGUCAACCAGAUCAUUAAAGACCUGGCCUCCAUGGUCUAUGAGCAAGGAGACACAAUAGAUAGUAUUGAAGCCAACAUUGAGACUGCAUCUUCUAAUGUAGAAUCAGCCAAUGAGCAGUUGGCUAAGGCCAGUCAGCACCAAAAACGAGCCAGGAAGAUGAAGUGCUGCCUUAUCACCGCUGGCCUGACCUUUCUGCUGUUUGUUGUCAUCAUUAUCACAGUCUCCAUCAAACGCUGAUCCCACCGACUUCCACAGAGCACCAGAUCACACCGUGAAGUGGAACGGACUCUGAGCGUGCUUCAGAUUCAGGCCGUACAUCAAUGUCUGCUUUACUGAAUAUAUUAUAUUAAAACGGCUGUUACCAAUAAACACUGUAAUUGUAUGAAAGAAAAGCUAGGUUUUGUACCAUUUAUUAGAAAUUGUAAAUGAGUUUUCCCUUGAUUUCCUUCAGUUAAGACAGACACUGUGCUUGAUCUUGUUUUAUGGAUUUUACUUGUCCUAUGUAUCUGGAGAAUGUUGUCCCAUUGCUGCCAACGCCUGGCAUUUCGUGUGCUUGAAGAUAUGUAGCUGUUAGUUCAUCUUUAUUGUUUGUUCUCUCAACAUGUUCCUGAUCGCUAAUUUUGUUCAUUUAAAGCCAUGAAAGUCAACUUGUUUGGGUUGCUUCUUUUAUUUUUAUUUUUUACAUGGUUUCAACACUAUCUAGGGCAGAAAAUUCACAUACCAUGAACUGCUGAUUUAGAAAUCACUCUUCUGGACCAAAUUAAGACAUUUUUAGGAUUGCAUGUGACACGUUAGGCAGGCUGGUUAAAUAUUUAGCUGAUUUAUACAUUUGUACCUCUACAUACACAAAGCAACAUGCAUUUAUUUCUGAGAAACAGUAGUGAAAGCACAAGACACUUGAGACUGAAUAUUACCCUCUCACUGGUGGGGGGAAAAAAAGGACCAUGAUAAUAAUCUCAUGGGGAAAAAAAUAAUUUCAAAGCUUCAGCAGUUCAAAACAAACUCGACAUUUUGUUGUCUUAUGACCUUUUUCACAUCUUUUACACUGCAAGUUUGAUAGAAAAAAAUGUUAUUAAAAUCCACUUUUAUAUGCUUCUUUUACCCCCAAGAAAGAAAGAAAGGAAGAACAGCUUUUGGUCAGUAAAAGGGGAAAAUCAUUAAAUGUUGAUUAAAUUGUCACAUAAGAUGCUGCAGAAAAUCUCAAAAAAAGUGAAGUAGAUAAUUAGCCACAAGACGUGUCAUUGUUUGAAAGAGAGCAUUUUAAAGAAAAAUACUUUCCAAGGGACCAUUUUAAUUAUCUCUAUAUAUUGAAUAUCUUUGGCCAAAUAGAAAGGUUAGAAACCUACAGCAAACCAGAUCCUCACUCAGCUGCCGAAUUGACCCCAACAGAGCUAUGCCAGUGCUUGCGGGCUCAAGCCUUGGGCACUAAGGGCCAGUUUCUGCAAGACCAACUUUGCCACCGACUCAGUUGGAUCCUGAGAAGUGUUGAGCACAAGAAAUCCCCAUUGAAAUCACUGUGGUUCCUAGAGGGUUCACAACCUAAACACUCACUAAAUCAAAGGAUUGUGAAAAAUUCAUAGGCUCUUCUAACAAUAUAUUUCCCAACCUAGCAAGUAAAACUCAGUGAGUUACAUACAGAGCUAAUGCACAGGAACUGCUCAUAAAAGAACUGAAUAAAAAGGAAGGCAAAUAUUUUUCCCAAGUGAAUUGAGUGUGGGCCAAAGAGGCAAAAUGCAAUGCCUGUUGCUCUUCCAGUUUGGUCAUAGAGCUAUUUCUGUUGGGGGGGAUCUUUGGCUUUCCAGUUCAGUUGCACAGCUGAAACUACCAGCAAGUUUGACAAGUCGGUUAGGGAUGGGUUUUUGUCAUAUGGACGGCACCCCUCAAGAGAGAUAUAUAGUGAAACUGUCAACCAGCUGCUACACAGCAAGCACUCUUGGUAUUAAGGUCCCAGACCGGUUACUCAGAGCCAUAUUAUGUACUAGCAGUCCUUCUUUGUUAACCCUUCAGGGAAUCCACGUUAUUAUAGGCCAUUUAUUGACAACAGGAAACGCUAUUUAAAAAAAAA